AUGGAGGUGCUGCGGCGCUCGUCGGUGCUGGCCGCGGAGCUCCGGGACGCCCUGGAGCGCGCGCCCGCGGACAAGGAGCUGGUGGCGCAGGCCAAGGCGCUGGGCCGCGAGUUCGUGCACGCGCGGCUGCUGCGCGCCGGCCUCGCCUGGAGCGCGCCCGAGCGCCCCGCGCCCGCGCCCGGGGCCCGCCUGGCCGAGGUGUGCGCCGUGCUGCUGCGCCUGGGGGACGAGCUGGAGCGGAUCCGGCCCGGCGUCUACCGCAACGUGGCGCGCCAGCUGAGCCUGUCCCUGCAGUCCGAGACCGUGGUGACCGACGCCUUCCUGGCCGUGGCUGCCCACAUCUUCUCUGCAGGCAUCACGUGGGGGAAGGUGGUGUCGCUGUACGCGGUGGCCGCGGGGCUGGCGGUGGACUGCGUGCGCCAGGCCCAGCCCGCCCUGGUCCACGCGCUCGUCGACUGCCUCGGGGAGUUUGUGCGCAAGAGCCUGGCGGCCUGGCUGCGGCGGCGCGGAGGAUGGACGGAUGUCCUCAAGUGUGUGGUCAGCACUGACCCUGGCUUCCGCUCCCAUUGGCUGGUGGCCGCCCUCUGCAGCUUUGGCCGCUUCCUGAAGGCCGCCUUCUUCGUGCUGUUGCCAGAAAGAUGAGCCUCGGGCUCCAGCAGUGGCCACAGCCCAGCCCCCACCCAGGAGGCCUCUGCAGGGCGAGGGCGGGGCAGACUCCCGCCGUCCCCUCGCCCGACCCCCUCUGGGGCCGAGAGCCUUUGUGGGGCUGGGGCUGCUCACCUGUGCCUGCUCCCACUGUGAGGGGCCUGAGACCCUGUGAGGGCAGCACGAAGCCCCAGGCCGCUUGCUGGGUCCACUCCUGGGCAGCGGCCCGGCUGGCCCUGCGGUUAGAGAGGGGCAGGGUGAGACUCUGGGGUGUGGGUGGAGGGGUGUGCUCACUUCCAAUAAAGUGCUGUUGG